GUAACUUGUAAAUUGAUUGUCGUUCGUGGUUGUUCUGUUUCGCGGUUUCUUCAGCCGUUGAUUUGUAACAUAAGUGAUUUUAAGAUGUCAUUCGAGGAGCCGCUGAUAGUUGAAGCGGUGUACUUGUACGAGAAGGAGAAUGCCGAGACCCAUCGCACCUUCAAUUUUGAAAUGGUCCACCAGGAUCCCGCGAUUCCCGUCCUCCGACGAGGACAGGCCUUCCACAUGGCUCUGAGAUUCAACCGCGAGUACGUGGACGAAACCGACAUCGUCCGGCUGCUCUUCAGCUUCGGCCCGAACCCCAACGUGCUACGGGGCACCAGGGGAGUGAACACGGUCACCAGCAGGGAGACUUACCUGACCGAUUUGGAGGCUUGGGGCGUUCGGAUGAUCGGCGCUCAAGACGGGGAUCUGUCCGUCGAGGUCAGAAGUCCGAUCGACAGUCCCGUCGGCGUAUGGCAAUUGAACGUGGAGACCAACACCCUCGGUAGAAGACAAGCGCCGAAUACUUACAGCUAUGAUAAAGAUAUCUAUUUACUCUUCAAUCCGUGGCUGAAAGAGGAUUUGGUGUAUAUGGAGGACGACCAACUGCUCGACGAGUACAUCCUCAAUGACGUCGGGAAGAUAUGGGUGGGUCCAUGGGGUAGCUCCCGUGGCAGAGAAUGGGUAUUUGGGCAAUUCGACGCGUGUGUGCUACCGGCUUGUCAGUUGUUGCUCGAGAGAUCCGGUAUCAAGGCGAUUUCCAGGGGCGACCCGGUCAGAAUGGCUCGGGCGAUCUCGAGAAUCAUAAACUCUAACGACGAUAAGGGUGUGAUAACCGGCCGCUGGGACGGCGAUUACAGCGACGGCACCGCGCCGUCCGGCUGGACCGGAAGCGUGCCCAUCCUCGAGCAGUUCUGGGAGACCGGCAAUGAGGUAAAAUACGGUCAAUGCUGGGUCUUCGCCGGGGUCGUCACCACGGUGUGUCGCGCCCUGGGGAUCCCGUCGAGAGUGGUGUCCAAUCUGGUAUCGGCCCACGACGCCAAUGCCUCGCUAUCGGUGGAUCGUUACUACGAUCUGAAUAACGAGGAACUCGAGUACGACCCGAACAACCCCAUGGGCGAGGACUCCAUCUGGAAUUACCACGUGUGGAACGACGUGUGGAUGGCGAGACCGGAUCUCCCCAAGGGUUACGGAGGUUGGCAGGCCAUCGACGCCACUCCUCAGGAACAAUCAGACAACUUUUAUCAAUGUGGGCCGGCGUCGGUGGAGGCCGUCAAGGAGGGUGCCGUCGGUUACAAUUACGACGUGACCUUUAUGGUAGCGUCCGUGAACGCGGAUCUAAUGAGAUGGAAGGAGGACCCGGAGAGCGACCUGGGAUAUUCCAAGAUCGACUGCAACAAGUAUCACAUCGGCCGAAUGAUUUUAACAAAGGCGCCAUGGAUCUUCGAUCCUAAUGGAGACAAGGAUAGGCAGGACAUAACGUCGGUUUACAAAGCCAAGGAAGGCACCGAGGUCGAGAGGUUGACCCUGUACAGGGCGGUGCGCAGCACCGAGAUGGCGAAGAGAUUCUACUCGAUGCCAUCGCCGGGUAAAGAGGACGUCGAGUUUGAUCUUAUUGAGCUCGAACGCGUCAAUAUCGGCGAGCCGUUCGCCGUGACCGUGAACAUCAAGAACAAGUCCGACGAGACGCGCACUAUUCAGGCCAUCCUGUCAGCCGGCAGCGUUUAUUAUACCGGAGUUAAGGCGAAUCUGGUGAAGAGAGCGUCCGGCGAUUUUGUGCUUCAACCGAACGCCGUGGAACAAUUAAGGCUCAGCGUGACGGUGAACGAUUACCUAGAUAAGCUGGUGGAGUAUUGCAUUAUGAAGUUAUAUUGUAUUGCUACGGUCAAGGAAACCCGGCAAACUUGGGCAGACGAGGAUGACUUUCAGGUUUUAAAGCCGAAUAUCGAUGUCAAGAUCGAAGGUGAACCAGUGGUUGGAAAACCAUCGACCAUCACGUUGAGUUUUAAGAAUCCUUUGAAGAGGACUCUGACCAAUUGCCAGUUCAACUAUGCCGGGCCCGGUCUCUCCAGGAACAAGACCUUGGCCUUCAGGGACGUCGGGCCCGAGGAGAACGUUUACGUGGAGCAUCAGCUCGUGCCGCAAAAGUCCGGAGAGCAGAAGAUAAUCGCCACUUUCACUUCGAAAGAAUUGGUCGACAUCACCGGUUGCGCAACCGUUGACGUCCUUGAUGCCGAAUGAAUGGCUACGUGAUGAUUCGAGUUCAUUUUCAAAUAUGUAACAUAUCGCUAAGAAUGCCAGGUGCAUCCUGGUUGAAUCAUCCGAUCAGCGUGAUAACGUAGAUAAAGAAUUGUGGCUUUAUCUGGAUAUUAUACUACGUGAAUAAUGUUUAAGCAACGAUUUUUACAAAUUUGUCUCUCAUAAACAAUUUGUCAAUUUUGAAUGUUAUUUGUAGUAGAUAUUAAUCACGGUGCGGUCUCGCUUCGCGUAUACUUGGCGUAAGACACUACUGUGUCUCUCGAUUUCAAUAAUAUAUAUAAUAUAAUGAGACUUUAUUGAAAAUAGUACGUAUAUGAAAUUGAUGAGAAGUUAGCAUUUUUAACACGCAGGAUAUAUUAUCGAACUAGCGUAAAAUAAAUAGUUCAACCUUUUUUUCCUUCCAGUAUUAAACUUUUUAUUGUUACACAGACGUUUUACAGAGUUUCAUUGUUACUUUGCAGGAGAAACUUUUCGACAUGCAUUUUUUUUAAGUUUUCGUAAGUUUAUACUUUUAUAUAACGCAAAACGUCCGAUAAAUGGAUAUAUCUAUAAAAUACAAUCUGGAGACGAGCGUGGCCUAGUAGACAGCGCACUGGUUUAUUAAGCCAAAGGUCCCGGGUUCGAUUCUCGGUAGAGCUAGAAAAUUUUAUUCGCUCGUUUUCCUCUCGGAAGGCAAUGGCAAACCACCGAGAGUAAGUAUGUCUUGCCACGAAAACUUCUCUAAAAAAAUUGCCGUUCGAAAUCGGCGUUAAACUGUAGGUUAUGGAACCUACAGUUAUUGUAUAUGGAUACAAUGUGUAUAAUCCACGUGCGCAACACAUUUAUAUGAAGAGAAGUCACCACGCUCGGACACGAGUAAUAGGACUGAGGAUGGAUAAAAUACAAUCGAAUAAAAUACAAAUACAAUAAAAAAAUAUAACAUGUACAGGGAAUAUAUUUAUUGAAACCAAAGGGAACACAACUUAAACGAAUAUCAACGAAAUCAAUAUCAUACUAUGCAGAGUCAAAAACAUAUAAAUGUAGAUUACAGAGAGAUUACUUUGUUGAGUCACAUCGGAACGAAAAUUGUAAAAACCAAAACACUACAGUACAGACGAUGCAAUAAAUAAAAGAAAUAAGAUUUUCACGCGAUAUAAGGCAAGUUUCUUUAAUCGCCACAGGAAGUGCCAAAGUUUUAUUAGUCGCUCCUUUCGUUCCAAAAUUUUU